CGACCCCAAUGCUCCUAAUCCUUGACCCUGGACAACGCCUUGAAAUUUCACGAUUUCUUCAAGGCCGGGCUCAUUGUGUUACUCGUAGUAUCUCCAUUGCUUCUUUCAAAUGUUGCACUCAUUAUUUCUCUUUAUCCCAAGUCUCCAGACUCUAAAGGCUUUCUCGCGUCUUCGUCAGUACGGAGACCACAGUGGGCCCAGCCCCGGACCCUCGAGAUACGGCGUGAUUGGCUGGCCGGAGCUAAAAUUGGAAGAAUUGCCUCAAACCAGGCCGUCACGAGUUGUGGCUGGUCCAGGCCAACGGGAUUCUCGAAGGCACGAUAUCGAAAAUCGAAAAAGAACCCCCAAGAGGUAAGAGCGUCUUCAUCCAGGCAAACUAUCCCGGGUAAAGGAGGCAGAACCGGGGCCAGAUAUCCAAGAGUUGCUGAUAUGGA